AUGGCAUCCAACCCUCAAACACAGUCACUCAAGUGUGUCGUCACAGGAGAUGGUGCUGUCGGCAAGACUUGUCUCCUGAUCUCGUACACGACUAAUGCCUUCCCUGGCGAGUACAUCCCUACUGUCGUCAUGGUUGAUGGCAAGCCCAUCAGUCUUGGUCUCUGGGAUACUGCUGGUCAGGAAGAUUACGACCGUCUUCGUCCUCUCUCAUACCCUCAGACCGACGUCUUCCUCAUUUGUUUCUCCAUCGUCAGCCCUCCUUCCUUCGACAACGUAAAGGCAAAGCACCACGCACCCGGAGUUCCCAUCAUCCUGGUCGGAACCAAGCUCGAUCUUCGCGACGAUGAGGGCACCAAGGAGAGCUUGAGACAAAAGAAGAUGGCACCCAUCCAGUACGAGCAGGCCAUCAGCGUUGCCAAGGAGAUCAAGGCAGUCAAGUACAUGGAGUGCUCUGCCCUCACACAGCGCAACCUCAAGAGCGUCUUUGAUGAGGCUAUCAGCCAUGGACUUGCAAUGUUCCGAAGCCGUAGACGAGUGCCAUCAGAGGGAGCGCUUCGGGUGCUGCGCCAGCUCGCAUACAUCUCAUCUGGUACUGCAUGCGGUGCUGCCGCCAUUAUAGCAGAAGAGCGCCGCCGCCAGACAAACCUCGUUUCCAAAAUCGCCGAGAACUCGCGUCGCUUGAAACAACACCCUCGCUACCAGCAUGCCCACGCUGCUCAUCGCAGACUUGCCGACGAUGCUUCCCACUCGACCGUCACAUCCAAUACCAUUGACCCUUCGAUACCAGGCGAUGACCUAGUCCCACAGGCAGAGACCUUCCGGAACAAUCUCCUACCCUCCGAGGUCGAGCGAGGAUACGCCAAACUCAACGCACACCAACCACCGAACGACCAAAAGAGUCAACCUACUCAGAACCCCCGCCCAAAACAACAUGCCACCAAUAAGUCAAAGACUGCCCUUUCGCAUGACCUAUCCUUCUUGACGACCGCUUUAAAAUCCUAUGGUCCGGCCAGCGCAGUGGCCAGCUUUAACAAACGCUGCGACAGGCUUAUUGACAGUAACCAGAGAAACACGGCAUUUGGCCUUCUCAGAGCAGCCUUUGAUCAUUUUAAACAACAAAGCAUCAUCAUUGAUGCACUCCAAUAUACCGCCACUCGUUUGUUCUACUCGUACCUAGCCGACCAGAGCUUCAAGAACUGUCGUAAGCUGCUGGAUCGUAUGGAGCAGCAAGGAUGGUCUAUCACACACUGUCUCGACAGCAUCGCGGUUGCCUGUACUGAGCCUUUUCGGCCCACAGAGUUGAUUCAUUUGAGCGAGAAAUAUGGUGACAGGUUCGCCUUUCCUCAAAGCACCUAUCCUGCUCUAUGUGCAGCGUACUCGACCCGCAAUCCUGAAUUUUGCGCCCUGCUGUUUGCAAAACACAUACCAAGGUCAGAUCGCUUUUCAGUGCUAACUUCAUGCGAAUCUGCCUGGCCUGCCAUCAUCAACCACAUGUGGUCCACUACACACAACUACAAUCUUGUCGACUCGUUCUUUACCCAUAUGUGCAAAUCGGUGGAUCAACCGCCUCUUGCUCUUUACAAUGCAAUGAUUCAAGUUUGCCUUCAAUCCGGCAGGGUCGACCGAGCUCACCAUCAUCUUCAGACCAUUCAGCAGAGCAAACACAUCCAACCGGACGUUGUUACUUUUGGCCAUUUUGUCUACAAGACUUCUUCGGAGGCUGAUUGGCCAGCCAUAGAUGACCUGAUGGCCAUGCUGGUCCGAGCAGGAGAAACAGAAGCGCCUCUAAUGAAACGUACCGAUCUGUUUAUCCCUGUCCUCAAGGCAUAUGCCACGCAUCAUCAUCCCGAAGAAGUCUGGAUUUUCACCUUCAGGGCCAUCGACCAAUACGGCAUUCUUCCUGACCCACGUAUAAUGAGCAUUGGUCUUGGACACCUCAUCAGGGUUGGCCGCUUGGGAUUGAUACCUGGAUGGGUCAACAAAAUGUCGACCUAUGAUCACGGUGCAUGGAUUACUCCCAAAACAGCCUUAAGCAUGCUGCGGCAGUUCUACUUCGACAACAGGCCCUCCCAUACCGUCUUGGUGUGGCUUUGCCGUCGUUUGAUGGACAACGCGCCAGAGUACUGGUCUCCAGGCGUCCUCGAUUUGUUACGCGAGGCCGUAGCAUACGAUAUCCGAGGCUAUCGAGAGGGCCAAUCUCACAGAAGACGGCAUGCAAUGUAUAUGCUCGACAUGUUGCAGCAAGUUAAUCUGGACUCGCCGAGCUUGCCAAGACCUCUGUAUUGGUAUGAGUUACGGCAGCUUACCGACCGCGACCAACCAUCUGCUCCACCCUUGAUUGCAGAGUCGACUGUACGAAAUGCAACAAACGACGAACCACAGGUGGAAACUAGGCUAGAGGACUUGAACGAACUGCAGCCAUUGGAAGACGAACGGCAGCCAUUGGAAGACGAACCAUUCGUGGAUAAUCUGCCAAAUACCGCACUCUCUACAGCCGCUCGCAAGAGGUUAUCGAACGAGCACGAAAUGCUUAUGGCCCUGUCGAAAGGUCGUUACACUGAGGUUCUGAAUUUGUACGAGAGCAGCCUAGGACAGAGCGGCUUGCCUGCUUCAUCGUAUUCUCUGGAACUGGCAAUGCAGGCUCGUACGAAACUGCCAGAUGAUGCUGGAGCAUUCGGUGACUAUCUCGAUACAGCAAGCGAAGCCGGCAUGGAAACGAUAGCGGCAUUGAUACCGCUUUUGACCCAACAAGUACAGAACUCUGUAGUGGGCUCGCGGAUGCAUAUUGACGAGCUCUGCGCGACCGUACGGUCUUUCUAUGAGAACAUGGUCAAGAACAACGUCACCAUCAGACAUCACCUGGCCACAUCAGCAGCAACGGUCCUGCUUCAGAACAACAAGGCAAACGAUGCAAUUCAGCUGCUCUCGCAGAUUUACCAUUCGAGCUGGGCCGAGAAAGUACCUUUCGAUCUGCCAGCCAUGACUGUCUUGCUCCAAGCAUACAUCCAUGUAUCUCACAGCUCGGGCAUCGAGUGGGUCAUCAAAGAGGUCCUCGCAUGUGAUUAUCGCAUCGACUACGCCUUCAUGACCGUAAUUCGAAAUGCCAGGAAACAAGCCUGGGGGCGAUCACAAGCUGGAGGCGACAAAGGCAUGAACAACCUCAGACUGUUGAGAAUGCUCGAGUACUACGCAGACGUCUGCAGAGCAAAGCAAAAGACACAGAUCAAGCGAGCGUCACGGCUGGGCAAUCGUCUUGUUAAUGCUAUGAUUAGACUUGCUGAGCCUAUAUCGACGGACGCACCUUGGCAGCGACAAGCAGAGCGUCAUGGUCUUGAUCCUGACAUGUGGUCGCAACGUGGCAGCAGCGUUGUAUCAGCGGAUUGA